GGGCGGUGCACAUUGCUGUGUUAGUCGGUCGGUUGUCAAGUACUGAGCAGGGCUGAAGGCUGUCCACAGCACCGCCAGGACGAGUCAAAAUGAAGUGGGCGAUACUGCUGCUGGUGCUGGCGGUGGGAGCGGCGCUGGCUGAGGAGCAGCAGCAGGAGGUGGAGGGGAAGGCGGAAGAUAGAGCUCUCCUUAAAUCCAAGGUGAGUCUGGUAGCGGUCGCGAGUAGCUUCUUGGGCCUCGUGAGCUCGGGAUUCAGCGUGGCGGCUGAGAUCGUCAUCAUGAUCGCCCUCAUCUUCUUGAUCGUCACGCUGAAGAAGGCUAAGGAUGACCUAGAUAAAGACGAGUACAGCUACGACUAUGAGUACUACCACGCCCCUGCCUACGAGCACGCCGGAUACGAGAGCAGCGGCACUAGCGGCAGCAGCUAUGCGUCCGGUUAUAGUAAGAGAUCAUUGGACUUGCCCUCCUUCCUGAACGCGCCCAUCGUGCAGCGGCUGACGGAGAAGAUCCACAAUGCCAUCGAGCAGUACAGUGAAAUGCAGCAAUAGCGCUUCACCCUCGCUCACCAUUCUUGCCUCCCGACUUCGGGGUUUUAGCACCUCAUAUGUCUAAUUUUUCUCUUCUUAUUUAAU